CCAAGCGAUGCGCCUUGAAACGGGGCAAACACCUAAAACGAAACACUUCGUCCCCCGUCUUUCCUCGCACACGCCCGCUCUUAUUGGGGGCAGCCGGAUCUUAGAACCGACAGACCAACGAAAAAAACGAAAGAAGAGCAGUCAUGUACGUGCGUGCGUGCGUGCGUGCUUCCGUCCGAAGCACACAGACGUCGAGAUGCCACUGUGGCCAGAGACACGGAGACACUAUUACAGCAGAGCGACAUGGUUCAGGGGAAGUCCACACCAACCUCUGCCCGCUUGCUCGCUCGCUCGCCCUCUUUUCUCUCAGCUAUCCGCUAUCUGCUCUCGCCCUACGCCCUCGAGAGGCUUGCGCAGGCCCCCUACGUACGCACUUGCGUAGGGCAUUAGACCACAAAUCGACAAACCAGCCUCGCUCAAACGAAAAACAUUCCCCCCCCCCCCCCCCGUUGUCUCUCCUUUCAUCUCAACAUGUGACGCAGGAAAUCCUCCAGCCUCUGCCUCGGAAUGUUGGUUGUUCCUCAUGCGAGCUUACCGCCGCACAUGCUCCAUGCGCUCUCUACACCGGGUACUACCACCGUAGGGCUAUCAUGAUAGACUUUACCAGCUUCCUUCUCACCGUUCAUGGCGCUUCCAGAUAGAUUAAUAGCCGCGCGCACCUAAGGACGUCGUUCGCCGAGCCCCUGCCAUGCCCCGAAACGACCCUAGUCCGCUCUCCACCGUUCGGCACCACGCCUCCAACUGGCACUCACAUGCUGCCGCCGGAGUGGAACGAGGACGCCGAUCCUAAAUGCAGGUGUAGGGUAAGGAAGGCUACAAAGGAAGGCUCCAAAAAAAGACGGACGUACUACGUAAGUAGUAGACAAAGAGAAACCCGCGGAAGAGGCGUCAUGCUUUGCAU